GAUGGCUGAACUGGCAACUAGAGACCCACAGGAUGUCCCUGGCUCUUCUCCUGAUGAAAAUGAAUUUCCUUUUGGAUAUCCCAGUAACAUCUGUGAGGAUGUGCCUGAUCAGAAGUACCUGUGCAGCAGCUGCAAUAACGUUCUGAAGAAAGCCCUGCAGACGCUCUGUGGGCACAGGUACUGCUCAGCCUGCCUCUCCUGGAUUGUACGAAACAAUAAAAAUGCAAUUUGCCAGAAAUGUAAGGAGGAAGAUCCCAGCACUUUGAGUGAGGAAAGCCUGUUGGCAGAAGAAAGGGCUUUUGGUGAUGCUGCCAUUAACAAAGAGAUUUCUGAGCUCAAAGUGCACUGUGUGACCCUCGGAUGCAGUUGGUCUGGUAUCAUGAAGGACUUUGAAGAGCACCAGAGUUUGUGUGAAUAUGCUUUAAUCCCUUGUCACACUGGUUGUGGCCACGUGGUGAUGAGAAAGAAGCUUGCAGAUCAUUUGGAGAAUGGCUGUGUUAAUAACGUGACGAUGUGUCAGAAGUGCAAGAGGAGCUUCUCCAGUAGUGACUACCAAGAACAUUCAUGUGAAGGCAGUUUAUGUGAGGAACAAAAGUGUAUGCAAACAGAAACAACAUCAAAGGAGAAGAACUGCUCUGCACCCUUAAUCAACGGGGAUGGAUGUUGUUUUUCUGAAGUUGGCUGUUCAUUUAGGGGAAGCAAGGAGAAGAUAAAGGAGCAUGAAAAAGCUGCAGUUGGGGCCCAUGUGCUGCUUCUGCUGCAGCACAUAAGGCAGCUGAAGGCAAACUUGUUCAAUGCUACCAAGGUUGCAAACAGCUUCAUCCCACAGUCAGAACUGAGUAGGAAUGGUGCUGGAAAAAGCAUCUCUGAUCUGCAGAUCCCAGCAGGGUUGGACAUCAGCAGGGAUGUGGAAGUAGACUGUUUUCCUGGAUCUUCUGCUUCUGAAGAGGAAUCUGUUCUGCAGCAGCUUGUGAGGGAAAAAGUGAUUUCUGAGCUGGAAAAUAAGCUACAUGUGUUUGAGAACAUUGUGGCAGUGCUCAAUAAAGAGGUGGAGACCUCAAACUUGGAAAUUGCAGCCUUUCGAAGGCAGAGUGAACUUGAUCAGAACUUAAUACGAGGCCUGGAGCUGAAGAUUGCAGAGCUGCACCGGUGCCUGACACAGAAGGAUGCAGGCCUCAGCACUCUCCACAAGACUCUCCUGUUCUCUGAGCAAGCUUCCUAUGAUGGGAUCUUUCUGUGGAAAAUAACAGAUGUUGGCAGGAAGCUCCAAGACUCUGUGACUGGAAGAACAGUCAGUUUGUAUUCACCAGCUUUCUACACUGCAAAGUAUGGCUACAAGGUCUGCCUGAGGGUUUAUCUGAAUGGGGAUGGGACAGGAAAAGGAACCCACAUGUCUCUGUUCUUCGUCGUCAUGAAAGGAGACUACGAUGCUUUGCUUUCAUGGCCUUUCAGGCACAAGGUCACAUUUAUGCUGCUUGACCAGAAUAACAGGGAACAUAUCAUUGAUGCCUUUCGCCCAGACUUGACUUCUGCUUCAUUUCAGAGACCAGUGAACCAGAUGAAUGUUGCAAGUGGCUGUCCCAUGUUCCUCCCUCUGUCCAAAUUACAGUCACCUAAAUAUGCCUAUGUGAAGGAGGACACACUUUUCCUGAAAUGUAUCAUAGAAACAAACUAAUGACUCUUGCAGCACAGGUGUCUGGUCAGUCAGCCACUGAAUUGUGUUAGUUUACAAGACAAAUCCACCAGCUUGAGAGCUGUUAGUUUUCAUGUGCACACAAAAUCCAGAGUUCCUGAGCCUGUGCUCCCUGGAAUUGAUUCCAGUCAGCUGAAGAGCUUCCUGCCGGAGCUGGCUGCUGCUGAGCCUGCUGCGCGCUGUGCCUGGUGCCCCGCGGAGUGCGCUGCUGCAGCUGAGGAUGGAGAUUCUUUCAUCAAGCUGCCAGCGCUCCUGCGCCGAUGUUAAUGGCAGCCACCCCCCGCGGAUGCGCUUGUUGGAAGCAGGCACUGUGCUCUCCCACGCCUGGCCCAGGCCUGGGGAUCAUUUUGCCUGGGUGUCUGGCAGAGAGUGUUGCUGACCUCCUUUUAGCACCCUUGCCUUCGUAGGUGUCUGGGAUGUGAGGGGUGAUGCUGAGCUUUCCCCACCCUCCAGCAGCACCCCUUUCCCAGCUCCCUUUCCCAGGAGGUGCAGAGCUGGCAGCCUGUGCUGUCUGGCAGUCCUGUGGGAUUUUGGCUGUUCCUCCACCAGGGACAAGGGCAAAUUCCUUCCCCUGUGGCACUGAUGGUGUCUCUGCUUCUGCUUAUUGAUGACCUUGCAAGCACUGAGUUGUGCAUAGCCUUUGCAGCUCGAAUUCCUCGUACCAGAUGAUUUAUUUCUUACUAUUUGUUUCAGACCUCUAUUUAUGUGCUGUGUAAAGAGAAGUUCUCUUGCAUCAGCAAUCAGUGACCAGGUUACACUGUGCCCUGGGGGAAUGACCUCUUGUAUGGCCAAAGGAGUCUUUUCUCUUUUCAGAUGUGGAGUGCUGAGGGUUGUUACCCACUGGGGUAAUCCAGAGCUGCCAGUCCAGGCAGAGGGAAAGACCUUCAGCAGCUUUGUUUCAGAAUGUUCAGUCACUUCCUGAGCCUUCAAGGCAAGUGACUUAUUAGAAAAUAUUGAUUCUUUUUCAUUGCUUAAUUCUUUUGAUGUGCUCUGAUGUUUAGAACAGAAGUAACUACUGGAACUGUCUUUGUCUUUUUCUGUAAAGUAGAAGUAAGGGAUGAAUAAUUAUACUUUUAUAUGUCAGCAAGUCAAGCUUGGGAAUGUCUCUGUGUGUGUGAAGUUCAAAUGAUGCAUCUUAUUCCAAGUAAGCAGCAGGCCUCUCCCUCCUCACUCCCUGCUGAACAGCUGCUUGACAGAACCAGUGGAGUUGAGCUGGGCUUUGAUGCAGCAGGUUCUGAACUUCCAGUGGCCUCAUGGUGCAGUGUAUCCAGCACCGUGAGCUGUUCCACAGGGCAGAGGCCAGCUGGGUGCAAACCCAAUGCCUGACCCUGCAGACAGAGUGUGUGUGUGUGUGAGAGAGGCCUUUAUGCCAUUACUUUAUGCAUUUUUCCUUUGCAAUAUUUCCUGUGUCUUGACUGAAAACACAAAGCCAAGAGAUAAAGGGAAGGAAAAACUGUUUGUCCACUUCUAUUUUGCAAACCAUGGAAACCACUGCUGCUUAGCAGGGCUGGUGAAGUGCCCUGUGCUGUGACUAACCUCCAGCCUGCCUGCUGGCACAGGGAGAGGUUUUUCUAAUCUCUCAUUUCCAUCAGGACAGCAGCCUUUAAAAUAAUUAGUUGUGAUGAAGUAUCACAUUUCAAAACAAUUCACUCUGUAAACAAGUACCCAUCAAAGCUCAUCUGGGAAGGUGCUGGAUAUUCUUUGCCAUCACAGACACAGAAUCUCUGUCUUUUUCUGUCUUCCAUGUUUAAAAUGUUCUUUCAGGGACAGAAAGUUACUUCUCCAGUUUUGUGCCAGUUCCUGCAACCACAGGGAGUAAUAUGCCUAAAAAUAGGCUUUUCAUGCUGUCUGAUUCUGACAAGUGCUGUAUGUAUUACAAUCAUGCAUAUUUUCUUAACCAUUCUAUUUAUUUCCUAAAUAAAGCUCACUGACUUAAGAAA